AUGAGAACCACACUAUUUUUUCAAAGGCACGUUGGGUGGGCACUACAAAUCUCAUGUCUGAUCCUUCCAGUAUUGACGGCGUUGAUCUUAACAUUUGUCAUCCUCUCCCCUCCAACAUUCCCUACACUUGCUCUGUACGAACUCAAAGGAGUGGUCUAUGUCAAUUCAACUGAUACCAUAUACGAGGCAUUCAACUUCACUACCAGUGCAACGAGGGAAGUGGGAUUCUCUAUCCAUCUUGGACCCGGGGGCGGAUGUAUGAAAUACGAUCAUGAAAGACCAAUUUGUCAACGAUCUUUACACUUCAAGCCAACCGCCUCUUAUCUACAUCUACCGCCUAACGAAACCUUCAUCGAGAACUUCCCAACAAUGGGUUGGAUGGCGUUCUCACAUGUGGCUUUGGUACUGGUGGGGCUGAGUGUUAUAUCCUUUUCUUUGGGACCUUUUGUUCCGGACUGCUAUUUUGUUUCCACCGGGAUUUUAUGGAUCGCAUCAAUCUAUUCUCCAAUCUUCGUUCUUAUGGGUAUGGGUUUUGGUCUACUUAGUCUAGACAGUAAUCUAACCGAUGUGGUACCGAAAGUAGAAGGUUCGAUACGUGAUACGGUGUUUUUGGUGUUCGUCAUACCGAUUUUGAUCAUCUUAUCAACGGCGAUUAUCACUCAAGUAUGUUCCAAGAUCAAACUCACAGAUCCUCCAGGAGAAAGUGCAGAUAGGACGAGGGACGAUAUUGAUAUCGAACUGCAAGUCCAACCUUCGAUCGAUAAAUGUGGCAAUUAA